AUCUGGACACGUGAGUAACACGUGACGUUACCAGAUGACAGGCCAAGGCCCCGCAGGGCAACAGGAGCAAAAAAACCGCAAAGCAUCUUCGCUCAUCGCCUUCCAUUGAGCUCUGACCUUCUCUCUACUCACUGGUUGUCGUCCUUUUUCUCCAUUUCUUUUUCACUGUUGUGCAGAGCAAGUCAUGGACCCUUCUGAGCUUAGGUACUUGGAGGACGAGGAUACACCAACAAUGAAAACUAUCAAGGGUGCAACAACUGGCUUGGUUGCUGGCACUAUCUGGGGGACCAUAGUUGCGACCUGGUAUGAUGUUCCCCGUGUUGAGAGAAAUGUUGCUCUUCCUGGUCUUUUAAGAACUUUAAAAAUGAUGGGAAACUAUGGGAUGACUUUUGCUGCAAUUGGAGGAGUCUACAUUGGCGUGGAGCAAUUAGUGCAGAAGUAUAGGAUGAAGAGAGACUUUGUGAAUGGUGCCGUUGGUGGUUUCGUGGCUGGCGCAACUAUUCUGGGUUACAAAGGAAGGAGCAUUUCUACUGCAAUUUCAGCUGGAACAGCAUUAGCAGUCACUUCUUCAAUUAUUGAUAUUGGUGGUCAAACAACAAGAGUCGACAACGGGAAGGAGUACUAUCCUUACACGACCAAGAAAAGAUCUAGCGUUGAUUCAUAAAUACUUCCUCAUCUUGGCACGAGAAUUUUUAUUGCUCUUUGUUCAACCAAAUGUUUGUUUGUGACUGGAAAUUCUUACUUGGCUGUCUUUUCCUAUGUUGCUGCUGUAUUUGAUAUUUUCAAUAAUUUGCUGUCAAUUAUCAACCUAAAUUACCAAAAUGUUGAUGCUCA